AUGGGUUCUCCGGAAUUACCCAGUGAUGGUGGUGAGGAGGAUUUACGUCCAACACAUAUUGUACAUCAUCCAGUGGCGGCGGUGGCCAGCGAUGAUAGUGAUAAUGACUCGAUGAACGAUUAUGAUGGUUAUCAACCUCUAGCUAUGGAUGAGAAUCAUCAGGGCUAUGUGCAGCAUGGAAUGGAUGAUGAUGAGGAGGAAGAUGCUGAUAAUAACGACGACGAGUCCCCUGAAGUGACAUAUGGUGAUCCAAAUUUACCACCCGUCGAAAGUAUAGAUGCGGAAGUGGAGCGAGAGGUGUGGAGUCAACCCAGGCCACAGGAGUUGCAAAUUGAAUUGGAUAGUAAUAAGACACAGCAGAUCUUAACCGCCAUGGCCAAUUUUUCUUUACCCAAUAUGGCUGUACCUUCAUGGGCUGAUGGUGUGCCAGAAGAACGUUGGAAAGAGGAGCUGUUGGAACGUAUACGACAAAGAAAACCAGCUUCCGGUGACGCUCAAAUGGACGUAGAUAAACAAACUAAAGUAGAUUAAUUAAGCAAAAUA